GGCAGUGAUUUUGUUUUAUUGUCUAGGGUUUCUAUAUUAAACGACGAUCCUAUUUUUUUUUUAUUCAGAGGAAAGCGACCUUCCGAUUCUCUCGCCAAGAUUCACGCAAGGUACGAGUCUUACUUACAGGAUCUGUUAAAUCUCCGAGUGCUACAGAGAUUAGAGAUGGACUUUUCUACCGAAAGAACCAGAAUCUGCGCUUUCCUCAACAAAGCAUAUGAGUUGGUUGAUGAUCCUUCUACGGAUAAGAUAAUUUCGUGGGCACCAAACGGCAGGACAUUCGUGGUUUGGAAACCGCUCAAGUGUUCAAGUGACCUUCUUCCACUACGCUUGGGAAUCGCAAACUUUGCAAGAUUCGAGUCAUAUGGCUUUAGCAAGAUUGUGUCUGGACAACAGUUGGAGUUUCUAUGCAAAGAUUUCGUGAAGGGCCACCCUGAGCUUUUGGAGAGGAUUAGCGAUCGGUACGUGGCCAAGUUGAGAGCUUUCUAUGAGAAGAGGUACAAGCCAUUUGAGGAUCGGCUUAAAAAUGCAAAGACCAAGGAAGAGUGGGAUCUAGCAGUGAAGGAGCAGAAGGGGUUUUUUGAAAACGAUAGUAAGGAGAGAAGGGCGAGCAGGCCAAGGACGAAGAGCUCUCCACCAGCUCCGGAGAAUUAAGUGCAGAGUAAUGGAAUUUGAGAACAUUCUUUUGUAUCUUUGUGAAAACCUUUUCAUGUUAUGGGUUUCCCUACUGUGGUUUGUUUUCUGAACAAUAUUUCUCGUGUUCUUUUGUUUCCACUGAAUCCCUUCUCGUCUAGUUAGUGGUGUUUCUACUUUCAUUGUAAGAUACCCUUUGUGUGCUCAAUAAACUAUGAGCUUGCUGA